AUGCGUCUGGCCGCUCCUCUCCUCCGCCAGCGCGCCGCCAUUCUCCCCUCCUCCCGAACUCUCCUAGCCUACCGCAAUAGCGCCCGCGUAAUUCACUCCAGCCCACCCGAGCAAGCCAAGGUUGUACCCGUCUACGGAACCGGCCCCCCUCCCGAGCCACCCAAGCCCGCCGCCGACGGCGCCAUUCCCGAAAUCAAAGAAGGCACCGCCGCCGACCCUUGGUCCCGCAUCUCCCGCCGCAAGCGGCAAGCCGCCAUGCUGCGCGCCGCCACCUUGCCCCCAACCGCCGGCUCCUCCUCCGCGCCGGGCGGCAUCGGACUCCUCAAGCGGCGUUUCUGGAAAUCCGUCCACGUCGCGACCAAGAACGACAUGAACGAAAUCCACCUCGACUCGCGCCCGCUCCGCCGGCCCGACACCAAAUCCAUCAUCCGCCUACCUUUGACCAAACCUUCGCUCGCUUCGGCGCUCGCCAUCGAAUGGGACCAGCUCGUGUCUGCGCAACAAGCGACCAAGCAACAUCUCAUCCCCCUCACCUCUCUCGUCUGCAGAGCACUCGACAUCGCCGACGAAGACAGCCUGGGAAAGACGGACAUCCGCAACGCCAUCGCAACCGUCUUGCUCCGCUACCUCGACACCGACUCCCUCCUCUGCUGGGCGCCCGCGCCCGAGCACCCCGAAGACGGGCGCAACGAGGCCGGGUAUACCCUCAGAGAAGUGCAAGAGGAAGCGUACAGCUCCGUCGUCUCGUUUUUGACGACGCGCGUCUGGCCGGGCGUGACCAUCGUGCCGGUCCUCGACGAAACGAGCAUCAUGCCUCGCCAGCAGGAACCGGGCACGCGCGAGGUGGUGCAGGGGUGGAUGUUGGGCUUGUCGGCGUGGGAGCUGGCGGCACUGGAGAGGGCGACGCUGGCGGGCAAGAGCUUGUUGGUGGCUGCGAGGUUGGUGGUGGAGUGGAGUGGGGAUGGGGGCAAUGCCGUUGUUCAGACUCCGGCUGAAGAGGAGGAGAUGAACACAAAGAGGUGGGGGGUGGAGGAAGCAGCCAAGGCGGUCAGUUUGGAGGUGGACUGGCAGACGACGCAGUGGGGUGAGGUGGAAGACACGCAUGAUGUCGAAAAGGUCGAUUUGAGGAGGCAGUUGGGCAGCGCCGUGUUGCUGUGCGCGGGCCAGGGGGCGACGGAUGUGAGUGCCAGCAAGGCAAAGCUAUAGUACAGUUUU